AUGCAACUUCGCCCUGCAAACCCGCAAGCCACGCUACCUUGCGGUACCCGUACACGGCCACAGCCGAUGCUGGUUUUCAUGGCGGCCCAGGCCCUGACCAGGGCCAAGGUGAAAAACACCGCCAUGUCCUCCGCCGGCACAAUCCCCUCUCAACGCUUUGGCUCAUCCUCCUCCGCCUCAUCAGAAUCAGGACUAUCUACCGCCUCUUCCACCGCCACCAUCUACAGACACGGCAUGGACUCUUCCGCCCCUCGACCAUCAGUUGCCUCCGUCGAGGUUCUACGCUGCAUGCGUUGUGCUCGCUCAGUCGAAGCUACUUCGACUGACGAUGUAAGCUCCACUGGUAUGGUACGCAUCGCCCACAACCUCUACUACUGUGAGCGUUGUGCAAAGAUGGUCGGUUACAAGUAA